UAUAAAGGGGGUAGGCUAAUUGUAGUUUUUCUCCUGGUGUUUUUUUUCUCUUUAUAGGAUUAUUAUAGGAUUGGAUUUUGAGAGGAAGAUGGGUGUGAAUCCUUUGGCUCUGUUAGAAGGCACCAUGGCCAUUGAAGGAGUGGGUGUUCCUUCUUAUUGGGGUUACAAUGACUACAAUGAGACUGUUGAAGAGCUAAACCUGCAGAGGCUAAUGGACACAACAUUGGAGCUCCAAGCUUUCCAAAUGAACGCAAGAGAAGAGCUAAAGAAGAAAGAAGCCCAAAUCCAGAAGCUUCUCCAUUUACUCCAACAGACAACUCAGGAAAGAGAUGAAGCAAGAAGUCAGCUCAACCUCCUCCUCCUCAAAAAACUCAUCCCUGAAUCCCCCACCAACCUCAUUCACCCCAGAGCCAACUCAACCACCACUGAAUCCGACAGCAACGGGUCAUUCUUCGAUCAAGAAACAGUCGUCGAAUCGACCCACAAUGCAGUGAUUGAUGCUAGAUUGGAGCAGCUUGUCAAUAACAGGCCAUUGCCAGAGAAGGGAAAGCUUCUGGAUGCAGUAAUGAGAGCUGGGCCUCUGCUGCAGAGCUUGAUGGUUGCUGGGCCUCUGCCGAGGUGGAAGAAUCCGCCGCCAUUGCAGCAGCCUCAGAUUCCUCCUGUGUCUGUCAACGGAAGGAGUACUCCUUUGGUCCAGAGCUCUGUUAAUGGGUUUCACAAUGAAGGAUUGAACCUUGGUUUUAUGAUGAAGAGGGCUGUGGGUUUGCAUUGUGUUGGUGGGUUUGAGGGUUUGAAUGCUAAGAGGCAGAGGUCUCAAUGACUGGCUUGAUAUUUUUACCAAGUUCAUGUGAUGUUUCUUUUUUUCUCUUUUUUUUAGGAGGGAGGCUACUAAUUUGGUUUUCUUUUUAUUAUAUAUAUAUAUAUGUACAUUUUGGUGUAUAUGGAUGAGGAUGUGUUUUGAAAUUAAAUGGUUAUGAGCUUUUAACA